GCGCACUCUGAGCAGCAGCACGCGAAACGGAGCUCCUCUCUGCUGUUUGAGACUGCAAAGACAAGAGCCGUUCCGGAUAACAUCAAGAGCAGAAAACAUCUGUGUGUAUCAUGAAGUUUGCUGCUUUAGUCUGCUUGGUUGUUUUCUUCGCUGCAGAUGGAGAGUCCAUGCCAGUCGAGCAGGACAGCCAAAGAGAGGACCUGCUUACCCAGUGUUUAGUUCACAUCCUUUCAAAGGCACUGUAUAAGACCGAUGAUACCCCACUGCAUCCAGAAUGCAAAAACAUCCUUACACCAGGAUCAGGUCAUUCAUCAGUUGUGAAAAAGGAGAAAGACACCCUAGAACCAUUUCAAGAGGAACUUAAAAAGCCAAGUGGAGAGUCUAAAGUCGAGGAGGAACUCAUUGAGGAUCUUCUCAAAGCUAACAAACGGGAGGAGCUGGAUGACGAACGUAGCCAGGAAGAGUUCCCAAGUUUUUUUAAAAGAAGAAUCAAAGACAGGCGUGAGGAAAUGGAUGACGAACGUAGCCAGGAAGAGUUUCCAAGUUUUAUGAAACGAAGAAUCCACGAAAAACGUGAUGAACUGGAUGAUGAACGAAGCCAGGAAGAGUUCCCAAGUUUUAUGAAACGAAGAAUCCACGAAAAACGUGAUGAACUGGAUGAUGAACGAAGCCAGGAAGAGUUCCCAAGUUUUAUGAAAAGAAGAAUGAAAGAAAAACGUGAUGAACUGGAUGAUGAACGAAGCCAGGAAGAGUUCCCAAGUUUUAUGAAAAGAAGAAUGAAAGAAAAACGUGACAAACUGGAUGAUGAACGAAGCCAGGAAGAGUUCCCAAGUUUUAUGAAAAGAAGAAUGAAAGAAAAACGUGAUGAACUGGAUGAUGAACGAAGCCAGGAAGAAUUCCCAAGUUUCUAUAAAAGAGGCAACAAGCAUAAAAGGGAAGAUCCCGACGAUGAGAGAAGCCAAGAGGAAUUUCCACAGAAAAGACAUGUUUCUGUCCUUUACAAACGUGAUAAUCCCGAUGAGGAGCGCAGCCAGGAGGAAUUCCCUCUAUAUGAAUAUAAAAGGAGUCGUCUUCUGACCAGCAGAGAAAAACGUGAAGAGCCUGACUAUGACAGAAGCCAAGAAUUUUUCCCAAGUUACACCCACAAAAGAAACUAUGGGGAAGGAGAAGAAGAGGAUGAGGAGAGUGAGGAAAGAGAGAAGCGGAUCUGGAAGCCAUCACAUAGAUACCACCACAAGAAAAAGCACCACAAACGCAGUGAGAAUGAGGAUUUUGAAGAACCAGAUUAUGACAGAAGUCAAGAAGACUUCCCAAGCUACAGCCAAAAAAGGAGCCAUGGUAAUGGCAGGCACUACAAACCAAAUGAAGACCUGCUGAACAGGCAUAUUAAAGAGGACUUAAACUCUCGGGAAGAGAGGUCUGAAGAAUCAGAAGAGGUAGACGAGGAUACCGCAAAGCGAUACUGGAAACCCACCCAUAGAUACAAUCAUAAGAAGCACCACAAACGGGACUCAUAUGAAGAGGAUUAUGAGGAAAGACCCCUGGAAAAAAGGUAUGAGGACUCAGAGGAAAGUGAGGAAUUGGAUAAAAGGAUCUGGAAGCCUACACACAGAUAUCACCAUAAGAAGCUUCAUCACAAGCGUGGCGACUCCACAGAGCUCAAGGAUGAAGAUGAACCCAUCUCAGAGAAGACUCACAGUCUCCAUGACUCAACAGGCAAUGCCCUCAAGCACCAUUCACCUGAAGAGGAAGAAGAAGAGACUGUUCAUGAGCUUAAUGAAAAGAGGCGUCCCUUAACCAGCCAAGAGGAGGAAGAUGAGCUAAAGAAAGGACACCAGAGUUCGGCAGAGAAGCAGGACAGGGAGGCUGCGUUGAGGUACCUAACAAAAAAGAAAAACGAGUUACAGGAACAUCUGCUUAACAAAGGUGACGUCUAUGAGAAGCGUUCCCCAUGGAUUUACAGAGGAUACUACCAUCCAGCCUGGUACAAGAGAGGCCAUAAGGUGGAUGAAAGUACUGAUCAGCACCCCUACCAUAAACUAGAGGACUUUGCUGAAACUCUCCGGUACAAAAGAGGCCUGCUUACUCAGGGGGAGUCACUCGAGGAGGAAAAGGGUAUCCCCCAACAGAAGCUUCUCACACCAGAGGAGUUAAAAGAACUUGAGAAACUGGCCUCUGUGGAUCAGAUGAAAGAGACAACUUAAUCAUUCCUAGAACCAUCUGAGACAUCAUUUUCUUGUGCUGCCUGAUUUGAUUUUCCAUGAGCUUUGCAUGUGCUUUGGCUGCUUUAGAUGAAUGCAUUACUAUAUGUCGUACCUGAUUACAACUGCAUUAGAAUUUUGUAAUUGGUGUAAGUCCGUGUUUAAUGUGAGAGUCUGAGAAAUAAAAUGGUCUAUAAAAGGCAAAAUAAGCUUGAUAAUACCAUGUGAAUCAUUUCUCUCUUUAUUACAUCCUAAAAUAUUCUAAAAAAACAAAAUGCCCAUGUACUAUUGACUGCAAAUUUGAAUGCAUUUAAGAGCAUGCUACUUUACAACUAUGAAAAAUUGCUGUUGUCCUUUAUGGCUUUCCAUAGAAUCUCUGCAUUGUUUACAUUUAAUAAAAUGUGUAAUUAUGGGACCAAA